CACACACACAAAGAAAGAAAGAAAAAAGAAAGGGAGGGAGGGAGAGAGAAAGAGCGAGAAGCUAGCAGCUUGCAGGUAGACAGCUCAACUAAAUUACAGCCAGGUUACACUGACAGGUGUAAAGGUGAGCUCUGACGGCAGGCAGCUACUGAAGACAGGUAAACAAGCUAAAGGUAAAGGAGUGGACAAGCAGUCUCACAAGUAACCAGUUUGCUUUGUAGAAGUCAGUGUGUCAGGUAAAACAGAAGGCUGCUCUCCCUGUUGGCUGUGGGAUUGUUGCCUGAGAGAUGCAGACAGUGGCUGGAGAACAGAAGAGAAGCAAAUAGGACAGCUUUUAUUCUCUGCUGCCCCCUCAUUGACACAGACACACUCACAAAGACGGAGGCAACCACCUGGGUGUUGAACCAGCUCAGCUUUUACAAGACCAUCAGAAGAUUAAGAUCCAGCGCAUGAGUUGUGACUUCAUGGCUUACAGGAAGGUGUGUGAUGCCCAGGCGGGGCCACUGGAUGGAGAAGUUCUGCGCUGCUCUGGAUCUCUGGAACUCGACUGGGACCUGGACAAGGAGGAGCUGCAGGAAGCAGGACCAAGCAGCGAGCGUACGCAGAUGCAGCAUGGCGACUGCCAGAGAUCAGGCUGUUCAGCCCCUGAUCCUGACCCUGACCCUGACCCUGAGUUCAUGGAACCCAUCCAGAAUUCUGUCUCAGUUUCACCUCAUGGACGCUUUGAAAGACUCCAAGAGGAUCCCAACUACAUCUCUCACUUCACCAGGACGACUGGCCACAAAGGUCAAAGGCGACUUCACUGUUUCAUACUCAGAUACUUCCUUGUCGGGGUGGGAAUUUUUGUCCUUGGAAUCCUCGUUGGCUGGUUCAUCCACAGUUCUUCGAAACGUCCAACUGCUCCUUCACCUGAAAGCUUGGACCUGCUUGAAGAGCUGCUCAGAGGAAUUAAAGCUGACAAGAUAGAUGCUCUCCAAAAAUCUUUCUCCAGCCUGGCAGGCGACAGUGAGGAGUCCAGGGCCAGGUACCUGUACAGGCAGUGGGUCGGACUUGGUCUGACUGAUGUCCACCUGUACAAUCACACGGUUCUGCUCAGCUUGCCUGGCUCCACUCCAAACACCAUCACAGACAGAUCCAGCCACCAGUGUUUUCUUCCCCAUGGGACCCCCUGUGACCAGCGGGGGCCCACUGACCUGCUAAAGCAGCAGUUCUCCUAUGCAGCCUACUCUGCAGUAGGCAGCGUUCAGGGAGAGGUGGUGGAUGUCCAGUAUGCCAGUGUGGAAGACUUGAGAAGAGCCAAAGACUCAUUGAACCUCACUAACCAGAUUGCUGUGGUCAAGCUUGGUCAAGCACCCUUAUUAUAUAAGCUGUCUCUGUUAUCUGACUUCGGUUUUCGAGGCGUUCUUCUGUACAUCGAUCCCUGUGACGCGCCACCUGGCCGAAACAUCUGGCACGAAGCUUUUAGAGUCACUUUAAAUCCUGGAGGAAACCCUUCCUUUGCUGGGUCUGGAGGGAGUCUCACAUCCCUGCUGGUUCAGCCCAUCUCCGCCUUCCUUGCCAAGACUUUAUUGUCGUCGCCAUCAGUGGGACAGGGAGCAGAUGCCUGCACUCUUUUAUCCAUGCCUCCCAACACAGAACGAAAGAAGAUUACUGUGACUAUUGGAAACCAGAUGUCCUACAAGAAGAUUUACAACGUUGUUGGAUACCUGAAAGGAAGAAAAAACCCAGAUCGCCACGUUCUGGUUGGCAGUCGUCAUGACAGUGACCAAGGAGGUGGAACUUCAGCCAUUAUGACUCAACUCAUCGCAGCGCUAACAGAGCAGACCAAACAGGGAUGGGUGCCAGACCGUACCACUGUGUUCUGCUCAUGGGGAGGCACAGCCCUGGGGAACAUCGGGUCCUACGAGUGGGGAAAGGAUAACAGUGUUGUCCUUCAGAGCAGCGCUGUGGCCUAUGUGAGUCUGAACUCUCCAGUUCAAGGGACUGAGACUCUUCAAGCUACAGCAUCUCCAACUCUGCUGCAACUGACUUCCGAUAUACAAAAGAGACAGUUGCUGAGUUGCAUCCGUGGAGGAAAUUGUCCUGGGCCCAAUGUGAGCUCCUUUCAGCUCCCUGGAGAUGUGAGUUUCUUUGCCAACGAGCUGGCUGUUCCUACCGUGGAAUUUGCCUUUGAGCAAACCAAAGCAGAGCGCUCAGAGACCACCGGUUUCCUGUCAGAGGCCCAGUUCUCUGCAGAGUCGCCAGAAACACUCGACCCAUUGUUCAAGUUCCACGAAACCAUUGCAAAGAUGACAGCUGAAGCCAUUCUGCGCCUGGUCAGUGACCCUGUGCUGCCUUUCUACCCUCUGGACAUUGUGUUGGACAUUCAGAACAAACUUAAAGAUAAGAACGCGGUAUCGCCUGCCCUGCUGUCCUCAGCCUCCGCUCUCAGGGACCACGCAGCGUUCUUCCAGUCCGAAGCCAUGCGCCCAGCAAAUGACCCCAAAGAGCGUGACCCCUCCCACGUACGCAUGCUGAACGAUGUGCUCCGUGAUCUGGAAAAAAGCUUCAUCAUGCCACAGACACCAGCCGGAGUGUUCAGAAAUUUACUUUACAGUCUUCCAGGAAAAUCUCCCCAGUUCUCCAUCCUCAAGUUCUCCCCGGAUGUGGUUCUGCACUGCAGCGUGACGAGCAAGGUGGCCAAGCACUACGCUCCAAACAAGGACGCCUUCUGCCACAGCGCUAAGAACCAGUCCCUGUCUCUGAUCCUCAGGGCGCUGCGCUCGGCCGAGAGGCUGGUGGGCUUUGGGUUGGACCUGUUCCAGAAUUACCCAGGCGUCAGCAAAUGAUUCUGAUGCAGAUAUAAAGAGCGCCUCCUCUGCCAAUCUCAAAAAUCACUUUGUGGUUCAGAAGGAAUAAAAUUUGCAGUUUCAGCAACUUUUUUUUAAUCCAAAUUGUGCAAAAACAGAUUUUUAAAAAUGUAUGAAUGUAUCAAAUCUGACUUGUUGCACGCCUGCUAUUUGAUAUGCAAAUUAUAUGGAAAAGUGGGUCUGCUUAAAUUGCACUAAUCUGUCUUCCAAUGAGUUUGAACCAAAAGGCGAAUGGCUAUUUUCUAAAUAUUAUGUUACUGUACCUGAUUUUCCUCUUAACACUUGCUCCACUUGAUGUGGCAGUUUCUUUUCUUUUCACAAAACAAAUGUCAGCACUAAAUUUAAAAAGAAAAUGAAAGUAGCACUUCAGAAUCAAUGUGAGGUUGAAAAGAAAACCAGAUUUCAGUGUUUAAAAGCAAAGGAACUGGAAGAGUAUUUGAAUUUAUCUUUAAAGUUUAGCCUUGAUGAAUGAACAGAAUAUAUUUAACACUUAAAUCCCUUCAAGCACUUAAAGUGUGUUAGACUGUUCACCAAUAAAACACCAGGAAGUCACUUUGUUUCUGAAGUUGUUUUAGGAAAUCCCGACUCUCUCCAAAUAGAUGAUGCUCUGCAUUUGAAGUAAAAUACAAUUCAGGUUGGAAAUAAAUCUUUUUUUUGUAAAAAUCUAUCAAUCUGUUGAUGCAAAGAACAAAAGCCAUCCUAGUUUCAGCAUAGAUCACUGUGAGCUAAUCCAUAUUUAUUGUCAGUAUAGUUAUUUUAACCUCAACUGCAGUGUGUGACUUUUUUGUGUUAAUUGAUCAUGAGAAAAUCUGCAAACAGGAUUUUCCAGAUUUUAUUUUUUAAAAAAUUAACAGGGCUUUAA